GAGGAGUGGGUUCUCCAACUCUCAAGUCCAUAUAGGCCUCUUUUCAUCAAGAGGCCCUCGUAAACAUCACUACAGUUAAUAAAGUGAAUUGUGGUCAGCGCAGUCCCGAGGUGCAGCGGCGUGCUCGUGAGUGACAGCGAAGAGACACGAACUCCGAGCAGCAGGAGCGCGGAUCGGACGCCGCCCGCGGCGCGCGGGCACCAACAUUUAUGAUCAUGUGCGGAGCUGAUGUUAUUGUCAGUGGGAGGGGAGCACAUGUCUUGCAAGUGAAAUCGCGCUCGUCGAAAGGAGGCUAGAGCUGUGUGGCAUUGUUGCCGAUGCCCCGCCUCUGAUGGUAGCCUUAAACCUGGCACCCAGCUAAAACAAACCAAAGCCAGCACCGAGCUCCCACUCAAUCCAAUUAAGGCGGACUUGAGGCGUUCUCCUACGUGUACAUCUACCAGGAUCGACGUUGAGACAACAGGAACCGGAGGGGCUUUCGCCAACAAAAAAAAAAAAAAAGAAGAGAAGGAGAGAUUGCCUUGCCUUCUAAUUUCUCGCUCUCCAGCCUCAGAACAAUGUCGAUGAGCCCUAAGCAUUCGACUCCUUUUUCAGUUUCCGAUAUCUUGAGUCCCCUUGAGGAGAGCUAUAAGAAAGUAAGUAUGGAGAAUAACAACUUGGGGGCACCUCUCACUUCUUACCGGCAGCCGCAGGUCUCUCAGGCGGCGAUGCAGCAGCACCACAUGGGCCAUAAUGGGACUGUGUCUGCGGCUUACCACAUGACUGCGGCAGGUGUUUCUCAGCUGUCACACACGGCCAUGGGGGGCUAUUGUAACGGCAACCUGGGCAACAUGGGCGACCUGCCGUCGUACCAGGACGGCAUGAGGGGCAGCACCGCCGCCACCGGCUGGUACGGAGCCAACCCGGACCCGCGCUUCUCCACCAUUUCUCGCUUCAUGGGCUCGCCGUCGGGCAUGAACAUGGGCAGCAUGGGCAGCCUCAGCUCCCUGGCAGACGUGGGUAAAGGCAUGGGCUCACUGUCCAGCACCCCGAGGAGAAAAAGACGGGUGCUGUUCUCCCAGGCGCAGGUCUACGAGCUGGAGCGACGCUUCAAGCAGCAGAAGUACCUCUCGGCGCCAGAGAGGGAACACCUGGCAAGUAUGAUCCACCUCACCCCGACCCAGGUGAAAAUCUGGUUUCAGAAUCACCGGUACAAGAUGAAGAGGCAGGCUAAAGACAAAGUGUCCCAGCAGCAGAUGCAGCAGGACAGCGGCUCCUGUCAGCAGCAGCAGUCCCCGCGGAGGGUUGCCGUGCCGGUGCUGGUGAAGGACGGCAAGCCGUGUCAAGGCAGUGGCCACACGCCCACUUCCUCCGCGCAGAACCUUCACCAGCAAGGAGGCAAUGUCAUGAUCAUGUCCAACAACACGUCCGGGCUUGGACAGCACCAGAGCCAGCAGGUGGGAAGCACGGGUCACUCACCAGAUAUGGCGCCGCACUCCUCCAGUCCGCCGUCCCUGCAGAGCCAAGUGGCCGGCCUGUCUCACCUCAAUUCCCCCGGCGCAGAGUAUGGCUCGGCGCUACAGUGUUCAGCCCUGUUGUACGGCAGGACAUGGUGACAAGAGGCGCCGGCUACUCCAAACGGUUCUUAUAUUUAAAGAACGAAAAAACAAGACAUCUUUUUACUGUAAAUGUGCGCAUACGAACAAGAGCCAAGUGAAAUCGGCGAAGCUUUUCCUGAAUUUCCCCCUCAUGGACGGAAGUGUGACUGCGAUGGAAGGAAGCGAUGGGAAAACACUUUUCACCAAAAACUGCGGAAGUCUUGGGAUUUAUUUAUGUAAAUUAUAUUGACACAAAAGAUGAAUCAUCAGUUAUAUAGGCCGCAGUAAUUUGGCAGAAGUGAACCUGAACAGGGAUGGGUGCUGUUAUAUUCCCCUUCACAAACACACAUGACUCUGAUUUAUAUAGAAUUUAAUGUAAGCCGUAGAUCUAGCUUGUAUAUUUCUGUAAGAGGUUUGAAUCUUAGCUAUCUGUUGUAAAAAGUUUUUGACGCUGUUGACGGUUUGUUGUCGUUUUAUUGGUAUUUGUACGUUUAAUUUCUUUGUAACUUAUAUAGAUAUUUGACUUACAACAAAACAGUCCUAUUAAUAAAUUAUGGAAACAAGAUAGUUAA